AUGGGAGAGUUUAUACAUGAACUUAUGGAUGAGUUAAUUCAACAAGACCAGCUCAUGGAAGAUGAAUUCAUCGAACAACAAUUCAACCAAGAAGAGUAUGAAGGGUCAUCUGAUUCAGAGCAUGAACAACAACAAUAUGAUGAAGGUAAUGAUGCUGAUGGGUAUGAUGCAGAUGAUGAUGCAAACCAAGAAGAGUCACAACACAAUUGCAGACCAACAAGAGAGAUGACAGUGGAACAGAAAAGAGCAAUUGUUGAGGAGAUUAUGUUGCACAUGGAGGGGGACUCACUGCCAAGAGGCAUUUUAGCCAAUUCGGCAAGAAAACAUUCAGUGCACAAAUCUACAACAACAAGAUGGUUUCAGGUAAUUAAACAUUCUCUAGCUGAAGGUAUUGUUGUUGAUGUUAAUACCAAAAAAUUAGGCAGGGUAGGAUGCAAAGCAAAACAAUACACAGAUGAGUUUAUGACAUCUGUACCAUUGUACAAAAGAACAACUGAAAGGGGAUAUGCUGGAGCACUGAAAAUACCUAAAACAGCAUUGCAUAGGCUAAGGCAGCAAGGCAGGCUGAGAACACACACAAGCACAAAUCAUCCAGCAUUGACAGAGAAGCACAAAGUGGCUAGACUUAAAUGGGUUUUAAGUCUAAUUAAUCCUGUUCCAGCAAUUGGGGACCCAACAUUUACUGAUAUGCAGCAAUGGAUACAUUUAGAUGAGAAAUGGUUCUACAUCAAUCCAGAAACAAGAACCUUCUACCUACUUCCAACAGAAGAUGAUCCAUACAGGGCUCAACAAUCAAGGAAGUUCAAAAUCAAAGCAAUGUUUAUGGGAAUGAUAGGUAAACCAUUGUUUGAUGCUCAAAACAACAUGAUACAUGAUGGAAAGUAUGGCCUUUUUCCUUUUGUAAAGUAUGAAAGGGCCAAAAAGAAAACAAGAACAGAGAUGCAGGGACUCUAG